GAGGACCUGUUCAUUUUGGGUUUUGACCAUGGAGAGCUACAAACUCUGGACAGCAGCGAUGGCGUGCGCGGUGCUGCUCUCCUUUGCUCACGGUGCUGAAAUGGACUUGGACAACGAACCUGAGUUAGAAACGAGAGCCUUGAGAGAUUUUUACCCGAAGGAUCCAAACUUAACCAACGAAAAGCAGCUCCUCGGGGCUUUACAUGACGUUUUGACCAAACUGCAGACUAAACGCAUCUCACUUUGGGAAAAGAAGUUUGGACGCGUUCCCACAUGCGACGUUGGGGAGCAGUGCGCCAUUAGAAAAGGAGCAAGAAUUGGCAAAAUGUGUGACUGUCCACGUGGAGCGUUUUGUAAUUACUUUUUGCUGAAGUGCUUGUGAAGAAGAUGGACUGUGAAUUGAAAACACAGAAGUUAAAGAUAUUUGUACAUUGUCAUUUCUAUUUUUAUGAUCUUAAAGUGCUAUCAGAAAAACAGAUGCAUUGGAAAGAUUGUUGAUUUAUUUGCUGCUCUUGAUGUGUACUGAAACCUAAUAAAUUGUGUGUUGUGUUUUCU